GGCCGGCGCGGUUUUAGUCACCGCCGCCUAGUGUUUUCGCGCUCCUCCUCUUUCUCCUCCUCUUGGAGUCCCAGUCUGGCCGAACUGCUCUGCUCGCGGGCAGAAAACUAAGACCUAAUUUGCUACCUUGUCUGAAGUCACAUGGUGAUUCUGCAACUUGAUGGACAACAACAGCUCCUUUCAACCUAAAAGUAAUUCAAAAAUGGCAGAACUCUUCAUGGAAUGUGAAGAAGAAGAGCUGGAACCAUGGCAGAAGAAAGUAGAGGAAAUUCAGGAUGAAGAAGAUGAUGAGCUGAUCUUUGUUGGAGAGAUAUCAAGUUCAAAACCAGCCAUUUCAAACAUAUUGAACAGAGGUCACCCCAGUUCAUCUUCGAAGGGAAUAAAAAAGGAGACAGCCAACCAAGGUCCUACUGAUGCGAUGAAGACUGCAAAUCAACACAACAAAGACUCAGCAUCAAAUACAGUGACUGCAUUGCCUAAAUUUCGUCCUGAAUCCAAAUCUUCACAUAGCUCUGUUAUUGUCCAUAACAUGUCUAAACCUGAUUUUACAAAGAAUUCAUCACAAGUUGGAUCAGACGAUUCUUCAGACUUACUAUUUGAUUUGACCCAGGAUUCAAAUCCACUGUCUCAAGAGAGAACAUCUAUUUAUGUAGAAGGUUUUGACCAAACCGUGCCAUUCUUAAAACGUCCUGCUUCUAGAGUAAACAGUGUUAAUCCAAAAAAGCCAAAGACCAAUGAAGGUAUUACUGAAAUAAAUGCUUCUGCUUCAGUGUCUUCGAUUAACUCUUCUUCUGUGACACCCUCCCAGGCUGUGAUGGCUAAAGGUACAAAUAUCUCAUCAGCUCAGUAUAAAACUGGAAAGCCUUUUCUAAGAUCUUGUCCAAAGUGCAGUGUUCAGUUCAGUCUUUUGGAUCCCUUGAAAUACCACAUGAAGCAUUGUUGUCCAGACAUGAUAAAUCACUUUUUGGACAUGAUUAAGGCAGAACUUUCAACUACCGAAAGCAGUACUGAUGCAGAGAAAGGAAAAUUGAUCAUGUUAGUUAGUGACUUUUACUAUGGAAGACAUGAAGGAGCUGUUGAUGAUGAGCAGAAGACUUACACAACCUUUAAAUGCUUCAGUUGCUUGAAAGUUCUUAAAAAUAACAUUAGGUUUAUGAACCACAUGAAACACCAUUUGGAACUUGAGAAGCAGAAUAGUGAGAGCUGGGAAAACCACACCACCUGCCAGCACUGCUACCGUCAGUACCCCACACCCUUCCAGCUGCAGUGUCACAUUGAGAGCACACACACCCCACAUGAGUUUUCCACUAUUUGUAAAAUUUGUGAAUUGUCAUUUGAAACUGAGCACACUCUUUUACAACAUAUGAAGGACACUCAUAAACCCGGUGAAAUGCCAUACAUUUGCCAGGUUUGCCAGUUUAGAUCAUCUAUAUUUUCUGAUGUAGAAACUCAUUUCAGAGCAUCCCAUGAAAACACUAAGAACUUGCUUUGUCCAUUUUGCCUCAAAGUUAGUAGAAUGGCAACCCCUUACAUGAAUCAUUACAUGAAGCAUCAGAAAAAAGGAGUUCACCGUUGUACAAAAUGCAGACUACAAUUUUUGACCUGCAAGGAGAAACUGGAGCACAAGACACAACAUCGGACAUUUAUAAAGCCUAAAGAGCUUGAAGGAUUGCCUCCGGGUACAAAAGUGACUAUUCGAGCUUCAUUUGGACCUCUUCAUUCAAGAUCAUUAACUGCAUCACCUAGUAGUGAUCCAAGUACUUCUCUUCAGGUCUCUCCUCCAAAAUCUAAAAUUACAAUUGCUGAAAAACCCACAAAACCUAAUACAAGCAAAUCUAAUGUAACUAAAUCUAAGGUGAAAAAAUCUAAGCCAAGCAAAUUUAAGACAAGCAAAAUUAAGAUAACCAAAUGUAAGACAAACAAACCUCGACCAACUACAUCCACUGCCAGUAAACUGAAAGCAAGUAAGCGAGGUAAAGGAGCCUCUAGAUACAAAGCAAAGACUUCUUACAAGCAAAAGAAACAAUGCAACAGAAAGAAUAAAAUCAGCAUUGCCUUGAAGAAUUUAAGGUGUCAUCGGGGAAUUCACAAGUGCAUUGAAUGUCAUUCCAAAAUUAAAGAUUUUGCAAGCCACUUUUCAAUAUAUAUCCAGUGUAAUUUUUGCAAAUAUAACACUAAUUGUAACAAAGCCUUUAUUAAUCAUAUGGUAAGCUCUCAUAGCAACCAUCCAAGUAAACGGUUUUAUAUUUUUAAGAAGCAUUCUGGAACUCUCAGGGGCAUUACUCUAGUGUGCCUUAAAUGUGAUUUCCUAGCUGAUUCUUCUGGUUUAGAUCGUAUGGCUAAACACUUAAGUCAACGUAAAACUCAUACUUGUCAAGUAAUAGUCGAGAAUAAUGUUCCUGAAAGUACCUCAACUUCUGAACCCAGUUCUGACCGCUUGUUGAAAUAGAUUCCUGCUUUAUGGAGCUCGUGCAACCUGGUGCAAGACAAGUUGGAAAUUCCUAAGUUCAAAGUUCUGAAGUGUUUUCUUACAUGAGAAUGGUUAAACAGCCAAGUUCAUGACACUAGCUUUCAUUAUUCAGCUCUUUGCAGCAUUUAGAUGGCACUAGAUUUCUUACUUCACCUUAUCUUGGUGUCAGGUUAAGAUAUCUUAACAUAUGCUUUUUUUCUCCAGUUGGCUUUCUCCAAAAAUAACCUUUGUUGCUAUGGUCUUUUCUUGCGCUGCUUAAAAUAGUGUUUUCUCUGCUGUACUUGCCUUCAGAAUAUUGCAUUUCAAAUGAUAUGGCUGUUCAUCUUUUUGUCUGUUUUGUCUGUCUUAUAAGUCUUAGAUUUUUAGGUCAGAUAGCUGUCUUUUCUCUUAUCUCUUGUCUGUCAUUGUGCUAUUUUUAAUAUUUUUCAGAUGCAGAAACAACACAAAUUUCAAAAAAUGUUCAGGGUACUCCUGGUCAGUGUCCCCCUUCGAUGGACACAACUGAUGCCUGUUUUCUCUUUCCAAGGAAUGUGAAUUAUUUGACUGUGAGACCUCCUCUAGGUUGUGGCCUUAAGAAAUCAGAUUUUGGGGAGAGUCUCUUUCUCCAUGACUGGCCUCCCAUAGGCUAAUGUUAAUUUGGCCAGAGAUGACCUCAAGGGUCAAGAUGACCCAGAUUGAGCACAACUUCCCAUUGGGGGCUUUGGUUCUUGAUCUUAAUAAGCUUGUGGGUUGAUUCUGACCAAGAAAAGCCCAUCAAAUCACUGCUUCAACAUCCAAGUUGAAGUUUAAUCACUUUGGCUGCUGCCCUUUACUCUUCCUGUAGCAUGCAUGCAGUCCAGGGGACAUAAAAACUGGUUGUGUAGGGAACUAAAGUUCUUUCAUAUUCUUGGAAAACAAGUUUUUAAAUUACAGUUCCAACAUUACAGUUAUUUGUACUAUCUAAAGUUUUAUCCAGUAUUAACCCUAGGAGUUUUCAGCUAUACUAAUAUUCAAUUUUUUUAAGUUUCAUUUAAUUUUGUUAACUUGGCUUUAUGUUGUUCCUCACGAAUUUAUUAAUGUCUGUUUUGUUAUGUCCACCUUUAGUUCUUCUCCGUAAAACCUUUGUGUUUGCAUAACUCUAAGAAAUUCCUUAAAAUUCUCUACAGAUUUCAUGUAUUAUUAAUUUGAUGAUUAUUCAGAAAGUUAGAUAUUACUCCAUCCUCAGUCUAUUGUGGGACUAUCAGUAACAUUAUUUUAGUGACUGUGAGUUCAAACACAUAAAAACAAUUGGCAAAGAGUCUUUCCUACACACCUUAAAACAAGUUUUAAAGUUACAUUUCUGUACAUCUAACACAUGAUAUCUUUUUAGCCACUAAUGUAAUUCCUUUGGAUAAAGAUAAUAUAUUCAAAAAUAUUGGGACCAAAAAAUGCACUUGUUUCUUGCCCAUAUAUAUAUAUAGAUGUAUAUUUUUUUUAAUUUGGUGUUUGUUUAUUUUGGUUACAUUGAAUAUAG